CUUCUGAGAUUGUUACAUAGUUAUUAAUUGUAGUCUCCUAAAUCCUGUUUCUGACUCUUCAGAUAAGAUUAAAGUGACAUAUUCUUGGUUAGGAUUCCAUUAAGUUUUAUAAUCAAGAGUGUAAACUUUUACUUUUCCAUGGUGAACAAUUCAGCAUUUCUGGGAACUUUCAAGGUAUUUCACAGUGUUUUACAUAAUUUCAGUAAAGCCUUUUAUAAGAACCCAUUUGUUUUGGCAAGAGUUGGUGCAAGGUCAGCAAGGAUGAGUUCUUCACCCAUUAAAAAUGCAACCAUUGGAAAAGUUUUUGUUCAACAUUACAACCCAGUCUCAGGACAGCAAGAGUGGGAGAUGCAGGAUGAAGAUUAUGACUAUUCCAAAGAGGUUGCCAGCUCUGCUUAUGCUGACAUGCUUCAUGAUGAUGAGCGGAACCAGCUUUACUACGAUGCAAUCAGAAAAGCAGUGGCUACAUUACGGGCAAGAGGUGACAGUGUCAGAGUGCUGGACAUUGGGACUGGCACGGGACUGUUGUCUAUGAUGGCUCUGCAGUGUGGUGCUGAUCACAUCACUGCAUGUGAAUCGUUUGAACCAAUGGCUUGCUGUGCUGAGAAAGUCUUGGUGGCAAAUGGAUUUGCUGAAAAGGUUCAGGUGAUUCACAAGCGCUCCACAGAACUUGUCCUGGGAGAAGAUCUGCCUGAGCGCGCUAAUCUGCUCGUUGCUGAGCUCUUUGACACAGAGCUCAUUGGAGAGGGCGCCAUCAGCACCUAUGAACACGCUAGACUACAUUUGCUCACUGAAGAUGCAUUGUUGGUGCCUUCCGGGGCACUUGUCUACGCUCAAGUAGUGAGUUCUGACCUGCUGGCCUCCACAAACGUCCCUUACUACAACAGGCCACCGCAUUCGUCUCAUCUGAACCUUCCAUCUUGGCUGGCCGAGUGUCCAGGCUCCAUCUCCGUGCACGAUUUACAGCUCUCACAACUCGAUCCUUCACAUUUUACCGCCGUGUCUGAGCCUCUAUGUAUGUUCAAGUUUGACUGGAGCGGCCGUGACAUUCCUUUGUCCACUACAGACACCGUGCAUGUUAGCUUCCUGUCGCGCUUAGAUAAAAGCCUUGAGUGUCACGCUGUGUUCAUGUGGUGGCAUCUUAUCAUGGAUCAGGACCAAGAUAUCGUACUUUCUUGUGCUCCAACGUGGGCUGAACGUGACUCGAGUUUAGCUUGGAGGGAUCACUGGAUGCAGGCCGUCUAUCAUCUACCUAGACCCUUCAUCCCUCUCACCGCGCACAGUAGCAGCAAGCCACUUAUUCUCACCGCAGCCAGAGACGAUUACAGCAUGUGGUUCUCGCUGUCUCAUGGUACGACCGACGUGCGGCCGCCUGCUCCUCACUGCUCGUGUGGACAGCACCUUGUGAACCCUCGUACCAGACUGGCUCAACUCUCUGAUAUACACCGACUCAACUUCCUGAGCAGAGUUCUUGACGCUGCCCUGGCGCUGCCUCGGACGAUGGCGUGGCUGGUGUUGGGCGACGCCUCGAACGUCCUCCUCAUCGGACGCCUCGCCUCUCAUGCCAACGUGCAACAUGUUUACGUUCACGAGACCAUCCGCCAAAAUCGGCGUUUGCUGCUGGACUUUCUGGAACUGAACGCUCUCAAGGAGCACGUCACUCUGCUGCCUGAAGACCUCUCCAAGAUCUCAGUCGCUGCAGUCAAACAUAAGAUCGGGGUUGUGUUUGCUGAGCCGCACUUCAACUCUUCGCUGCUGCCGUGGCACAACGUACGACUCAGCAGCCUCCUGAGCGAGUGUUCUCACCUGCUCCCUCCUUCUUAUGCCUCAGUGCAGCCCCACUCCUCCAAAUCCUCACCCUCUGAUCAACGUCCUCAAGAACUGUCUUCCAGCGAGACAAAUGGUCGGAAUGUUUCAGAAGAUGUACCGUCCAAUCUCACUAACCCGACUGAUUUUGAAUCAAACUCUUUUGUUAGUAGAUCUGUUGAUCUCAAUUUUCCAACUUCUAAAUCUUUGGAGUCUCACUGCGCCGGUAACACAGUUCCAAGUUUGCCCAUUAGCACGUCAGCCAUGUUGCUGCCAGCGUGCGUCUCGAUACACGUCAUGGCCGUUAGCUUUGACGACCUCUGGAAGAUACGAGCUCCCUGCCGCCAGCGUUGUGGCUUCGAUCUUACUGCUUUUGAUGAGAUGGUAGACUUGGCACGUACCGGCACAGGCGAAGUUGUGGAGCCGCAGCCGCUGUGGGAAUAUCCUUGCUACUCCCUGCACGAACCGGUGAUGAUCACGAAGUUGUAUCUAAGAGAGCCGAUCUGCGGCGUGCAGCGACAUUUUAAAGGCAACGUUGAACUGGACGUCGAUGCCUUGCGUGCCUCUGACGCUGCGCGCCCUGAUCGCAUCAAGCGGCAAGCUCGAGACAAGAGCGCUGAUGCUCAGCCUGAGCUUUACUUCAACGGGGUGGCAGUGUGGGCUGACUGGCACUUCGCUGAUCAGACCAUCAGCACAGGUCCCCUCGCACACGAUCACCUCACCGGCAGAAAGGUGGCGUGGAACGCUACGUGCCACCAGGGCGUUCACCUGCUCCGGCACCCGCGGUCUCUCCUCUCCCCCGCCACCUCCGGCAUCUCGAAAAUAUUCCAUUAUUGCCUCGACCUCAAGGACGGAAAUUUCUCUUUCAAGUUUCAGCUGGAAGAGGAAAGAUGCAAUGCCUCUAGCGAAUAAAAACUAUGCCAAUGA